AUGUCGACGACUUCUCUUCACCAGUUCGCUAGUUCCUUCUCUCAUUUCUCUUCAGGUGCUCCGUCGUCUGGCAUGACACAAUCCCAGACGGUCGGGCUGGAUACGCUCGCAGAAGGUUCCCAGUACGCGCUGGAGCAGCUGCAGCUGUCGCGAGAGUCGGGUGGCGCCAGCAAUGAUGGGCACCCCCUGAGGGGUUCGAUUUCCAAGUCCGACGACCAGCCGCUCUACGGCGACGGGGACAACAGCGAGCCCAAUAACAAUGCUAAUCUAAACCACAAUAAUCCCGCCCACAAUAGUAAUACCUUCUCGGGAUUUAGGAGUCUGUCACACCGGGAUCCGCUAGCAGACGCGCGCUCUGCGAUUCGGAAGAACUCGGCCUCGGCUCCCGUUCGAAGGAGGAUCAGUCGCGCGUGCGACCAAUGUAACCAGCUGCGGACCAAAUGCGACGGGCAGAACCCGUGCGCUCAUUGCAUUGAAUUUGGGUUGACUUGUGAAUAUGCUCGCGAACGGAAGAAACGUGGGAAGGCUUCUAAAAAGGACCUUGCUGCCGCUGCUGCUACCGUCGGUGGUGGUACGGCAUCUUUGGCAAGCCACCAUGUCGGUCAGGAUGGUGCUUCUUUGGCCAAAGGCCACUCUCCCCCGGAUGGUCGACCAUCGCAAGACGUCAACGGAAGAUACGACCCGACUUUCGAUGCCGCCCGCAAUCUUACAACGUCCACGCAGGCGCAGCUGCAGCAUGCGUCGGAGGUCCCAGGUAUAGUGGGGAUGCAGAAUCCGUCGCAGGGGUCGUCCCAUUCUCAAGCGCCCUUGGGGGCCUCCAUCGAUUCGCUGCAGCUGAACCACUUCAAUGCCCUGAAUGAGUCGAAUCGGCCGCCGUUGUCCGUUCCCGAUCUUCGCUCGCUGCAGAUAUUGCACCAUUCUGGCGCCAAUCCUCGUUCGCCAUCGUCUGUCAUGCCUUCCCAGGGGCUGGGUUCCGGUUACAACGAUGGCGCAUACUCUCUCAUGAACCCGCAAGAUUCAAAUAAUGCCUCAAUCAAUCAAUUUCGACUGGGUAGCUCUGCGGAGAAUCCGUCGGCCCCGUUUUUAGGUCUGUCGCCUCCUGCGCAGUCACCGGGCUGGCUACCACUCCCUUCGCCAUCUCCCGCGAACUUCCAUUCCUUCAGUAUGCCGCCGUUUGGCAGCACUUUGCGAUACCCGGUUUUGCAACCAGUCUUGCCUCAUAUCGCGUCCAUUAUUCCCCAGUCUUUGGCCUGCGACCUUCUCGACGUCUACUUCACCAGCUUUUCGCCGUCUCACCUGACCCCGCAAUCUCCGUACGUGAUAGCAUACAUCUUCCGAAAACAAUCUUUUCUCCAUCCGACGAAACCAAGGGUGUGCAGCCCUGGUCUUUUGGCAAGUAUGCUCUGGGUUGCGGCCCAGACGAGCGACGCGGCCUUCCUGACCUCCCCACCGUCAGCUCGAGGGAGGGUGUGUCAAAAGCUCCUAGAACUUACCAUUGGGUUGCUUCGCCCAUUGAUCCAUGGUCCCGCCCCUGGGGAAACCUCACCGAACUACGCUGCCAACAUGGUAAUCAACGGUGUGGCUCUCGGAGGAUUCGGCGUCUCCAUGGACCAAUUGGGCGCGCAAAGCAGCGCCACGGGGGCUGUAGAUGACGUCGCGACGUAUGUCCACUUGGCGACCGUGGUCUCUGCCAGUGAAUACAAGGCAGCUAGCAUGCGUUGGUGGACUGCGGCGUGGUCUCUCGCUCGGGAAUUGAAGCUGGGACGUGAGCUGCCGCCAAAUGCCGCCCAAUCGCGACCGGAUGGGGAGCGCGAGGGCGAAACGGAGGGCGAUCUAUCCAAACGAAACAACCUCCCCCCUCUCAUUACUUCCGUGGGCAAUGGCUCGGGAAGUGCAGCUUUGAAUGUCACCGAGGAGGAAAGGGAGGAACGCCGGCGGCUUUGGUGGUUGCUUUAUGCGACGGAUCGCCACCUCGCGCUGUGCUAUAACCGGCCUCUGACGUUGCUGGAUAAAGAAUGUGAGGGGCUUUUGCAGCCGAUGAACGACGACUUAUGGCAGGCGAGCGAUUUUGCUGCAGCCAGUUAUCGCCAGGUAGGCCCACCUAUAGAAUGCACCGGCCACAGCGUGUUCGGGUAUUUCUUGCCCCUGAUGACCAUUCUCGGGGAAAUCGUCGACUUGAAGCAAGCGAGAGAUCAUCCCCGGUUUGGCCUUGCUUUUCGGACGAGCCCUGAGUGGGACAACCAAGUGUUGGAGAUUACCCGCCAGCUAGAUACGUAUGGACAGAGCCUCAAAGAGUUCGAGGCCCGCUACACCAGUAGCUUGACCCUCGGCGCAGCAGAAAACGAAGCUGUUGUUGAAGGGUCGCAUCUGGACCACGUGAGUCCUUCAGGCCGGUCGAGCAGCACGGUCGGAUCGCGCGUGAACGAAUCCAUCGUGCACACAAAGAUGGUAGUCGCAUACGGAACCCAUAUAAUGCACGUUCUCCAUAUCCUGCUAGCGGGCAAAUGGGAUCCGAUCAAUUUGCUCGAGGACCACGACCUCUGGAUAUCGUCUGAGUCGUUCAUCUCGGCGAUGAGCCACGCGGUCGGUGCCGCCGAGGCGGCAGCAGACAUCCUCGAAUACGACCCCGAUCUAAGCUUUAUGCCCUUCUUUUUUGGCAUCUACCUCCUUCAAGGUAGCUUCUUGUUGCUCCUCGCUGCGGACAAGCUGCAAGGGGACGCGAGCCCCAGCGUUGUCCGCGCCUGUGAGACGAUUGUUCGUGCGCACGAAGCUUGCGUUGUGACACUAAACACUGAAUAUCAGAGAACAUUCCGGAAAGUCAUGCGGUCAGCUCUCGCGCAGGUUCGCGGGCGCAUGCCCGAGGACUUUGGCGAACAGCAACAACGCAGACGGGAGGUGUUGGCCCUCUACCGCUGGACAGGGGAUGGCAGCGGUCUUGCCUUGUGA